AGCCCUCCAGGAAGCAUGGCUCGGCCGGAGUUCACAGUGCAUAGACGGCGGCCCUUCCAUCGCACUCGGUGGAAAGGCGAUUGUACCAAGGUGGACGUGCAACUUUCUCGCUGUUGGAAUCGCAAAUGCGGAAGAGGUCGGAAAGUACAUGAGAGCUCAUGGUACGAUUCAUCGGAUAACGAAACGAGUAGCAACGGCGUCGAGUCGAAGACCCCAACGAAGGACCAUAAUCGUUUAAUUGAAAGUGAUUUGGAGGAUCAAUCAACCCUCGACAGACCAAAGUCCGAUGUCAAAAGACAGGAGGAUCUAGAGCCUUGCAAGGGUGCCGACGAUAUGCCCGAACUCAAGAAAGAACAGGAGAACGAUGAGCAGAUCUGUUUGGAUCUGGACGAUCCGCCACCGGAAGUUAUGGAGUAUGCUAGAAGAGAAUUGGGUGAGACCGACGAGGUGAAAUGUCAGACACUGCAAGAAUUUCGCGACAUGAUUUAUGAGAGAGGCGAGUGUACGCCACACAGAAUGAACGACGACGAGUUUCUCAUCAGAUUUCUUCGCGCCAGGAAUUUUAACGUAAAGGCCGCGCAUAAGCUGAUAGUGAAAUACUACAACUUCAAAGAGGAAAACCCGGAGAUCCAUCGAAUGAUGAACUCGACCGAAAUGAGACACAUAGGCGACGACAACAUAAUCUCCGUGCCACCGUAUAGGACCCAGUGCGGCAGACGCAUCAUGAUCUACCGUUUUGGCAAUUGGGAUCCGCGCAAAUAUCCUUCUGAAGAGAUCUUCAAAGCCACCGUCGCAAUCCUCGAGCUCGGCAUCCUUGAACCCAAGCAUCAAAUUAUGGGCGGUGUCGCCAUUUUUGACUUUAAGAAUAUCUCUAUGUCACACGCAUGGUCCAUAACGCCUCAGGUGGCAAAUAUGACGCUGUCUCUGAUGGUGACCGCGUUUCCCAUGAGAAUACACGCGCUACACAUCCUCCAUCAGUCGUGGAUCUUCGACGCGAUCUUCGCGGUCUUCAAACCGCUGCUCGACACCAACAUGAAAAACAGGCUGUUCUUCCACGGUAACAACUACGAGAGUCUACACAAACACAUCCAGCCUGAAUACCUACCGAAAAUGUAUGGGGGCGUGAGAGACGAAUUGCCCUACUAUAAAUGGAUCGCAGCUCUUAUCCAAGAUCCGAAAAUCAUCGAGCAGAUGAGUAAAAUGGGAUAUAACAUCACGGACGAAAUUCGCGAGUUUUUUCUCAAAAAUAAGUGAAAUGGAUAGAAUUCUGGGGGGUUUUAGGGAAAUUUGAAAACUUGCACGAUAUCUUUUUUGUAUGCAUGACACUACUUAGUAAUUAGUUCGCACGUUUAUGUAAUAAUAACGUCACCAAUGCUAUUUAGUCUUUCAUUAUCGCAAGCGUAGACCUUCCAAUUAAGACAAUACAAUUUUAUACGGCAAUCGUUUUGCGUUAAUUUUAGAUCGAUCUUACGCGUAAAAACAUUUUAUAUUAUUAUAUUUAUAUCAACAAGAUAUACUGUACUUGUGAUUGUAUAUUCAACAUUGACAAUUAAGGACUUAAAUAAAAGUUUUGCUACGAUCAA